AUGGGGUUAACUGCCGGGCGGUGGAUUGGCGGGAUUGUCGUGUUCAUGUUCAAUUUAUGGGUUAAGCUUGAUGCUCAUAGAGUUGUGAAAGGCUACGCUUGGUACUGGGGAGACUUCUUUUUCAUGGUUGACCAGAAUUUGGCAUUCGAUGGUGUUUUCGAAAUGGCACCUCAUCCUAUGUAUUCUGUUGGGUACGCCGGUUAUUAUGGGAUAUCUCUGAUAGUAGCAUCAUAUCCGGUCUUGUUUAUAUCCUUGGCUGCCCAUGCCGCACAAUUCGUAUUUUUAUCGGUUGUUGAGAACCCACAUAUUGAUAAAACAUACAACGCUCCGGCGCCUCGUCGUAUAUCAACACCGCCUCCUACCAGGCCUCUCUCUUCUGAUGGGAAGGAGUCUUACACUGCAAUUUUGGCGGAUGAUUACACUCAUGCCGUCAAGGAACGCAAGCCUCUCGAGAAACUCGACAUGUUUUAUAAUACACAUCUGUGCACGGCUCUCCUUGUUUUCUACUUGGCGGUGGAUGCAGCCUGGGUUCUAUUCAGGCAUACGCUGGGAAUCUUACUCUUCGCGCUUCAGAUGUGGACCGCCGUUUCGAUACAUGAAUUACUCGGGGAGUUUGGAUGGUUUGUUGUCGAUUUCUUUUUUGAGCAGCCAACACCACAUCUUACCUAUUCUGGAAUUUACAGGUACCUUAAUAACCCGGAGCUCUUGGUUGGCAGCGCAGGAAUUUGGGGAAUAGUUUUGAUCACUUCUUCGCAGGAAAUAUUCAUGUUGGGUCUGUUCUCCCACGUUUGCUUGUUGCUUUUUAUCGAAUUUGUUGAGCGGCAGCAUAUGGAGAAACUUUAUGGCAGUCAAAUCCGCAAGGAAGCCGGUGUCGUCAAGACAAUCAAGGAAGCCAUGCCUCCACCAGUCGAUGAUGGCGUGAAAUCGUUCGAGGGGUCAAUUGAUAAGGCCCUUGCAGAUGUUGGUGAAUUCAUUGAGGAGUUUUUAGAAACUGCAAAGCCUAAGCUUACGCAGGGUGUCAUAGGUGUGGUUAAGGACACGCAACUGCUUAUUUCGCACUACCCUGCUGAUCUGUCACUCACGUUCCUCGCGGACGGUCACGCCAAAUACGACGCAAAGAAAUACUCGAUCGCCAUUUUGAAUGCUCUUAGAGAGACCAACGAUGGAAUUGAAACAGGCCUAUCUGUAGAAUUUGGACAACCUAUCAGAAUUGUCUGGACUGCCCUUGUUAACCAUUUAAGGUUAGAUUGGAUCGGGCUCUAUAGAAUUGCCGAUAACGCCUCUCGAGAGGUUACGAGGAUCGCCUCUAUGGGCCGCUGGACCGCCCUCUGCAAGGAGGAGUACGAUACCGACAUUGCGGAGAAAGGAAUCAUAAGCUCUGAUAUUAAGACCCUUUUGCCUGAGAACCCUAACGAGGAAAUCCUUACGGGCGAACUGGAGUUUGGCGGAGACAAGACCUUCUGGAGCAAUGGAGUCUAUGAGUUCAGAUACCACCACGACGGAAAGCACAAGGUUAUAGCAAUCUCAUUGCCCUUCGAGGUCAUCAUCAAUAAAGCACCACUUGCAGCUGACAAGACUAAAGAAGAGCAUUUCAUUGAUAUGCAGGAGAUGCAAGAAAGCGUUGAGAAUUACUUGUUCCCGGUUGUUGUUAGGUGUUUCGAUAAGGAGGACCAGGAUAUAGCACCCGGCGAUGUUACGGAUGGGUUUGGUGGCCUAAGUGAUGGAAGUAUGCUAGGAGGAUUGUGUACGCUGUCAAGGAAAUGUUUGGGGUUGAUUUCGCACCAGAGGUUGUCCAAGCCGAUGGAAAUGUCAAACGCCUUGCCUGGAGGAUAUGCAAUGCAAAGAGAGUAUUGGCAAGUCAUUUAUUUAUUUAUUUCCCUCAUACUCCAAAUAUCAUUCCAAGAGGCACCCUUCAGCAUGAACACCCCCGGCACCCUUUCUCCAUUUGCGCCUGAACGUUAA